UUGCAGUGCUUCGCUAUUUCGCAUUUCAGCUUGUUGGAGCGUUUUUGUAAAUCAUAGCCUAGAGUCGAAAUGUCGAACGAAUUUUAUUUACGAUAUUACGUUGGGCAUAAAGGAAAAUUUGGACACGAAUUUCUCGAAUUUGAAUUUCGCCCCGACGGCAAAUUACGCUAUGCCAACAAUUCAAACUACAAAAAUGACACUAUGAUCAGAAAAGAAGCUUGUGUUCAUAAAGCAGUCCUUGAAGAAUUAAAAAGAAUCAUAGAAGAUUCUGAAGUUAUGAAGGAAGAUGACACAAUGUGGCCAAACCCAGACAGAGUCGGACGUCAGGAGCUGGAAAUUGUAUUGGGUGAAGAUCAUAUUUCAUUUACAACAUCCAAAAUAGGAUCUCUGAUUGACGUCAAUGAUUGUAAAGAUUCUGAUGGUCUUCGUACUUUUUAUUAUCUGGUCCAGGAUUUAAAAUGUCUUGUGUUUUCACUCAUCGGACUGCACUUCAAAAUUAAGCCAAUCUAAAUAAUAGAAAGUGCUGCCUGAUAUGGAUGAAGACCUUGGCUGGAGAAGAUGUGGCAAAAUUUAUCGUGGAACAAUGUGGGUUUGAAUUCCCACCAAAUACUUUGUACUGUAGUUUCUUACUUCAGAAACGCUUUUUAUCCAUUUUAAAAAAAUUCUGGUUGAUAUCAAUUAUUAUAUCAGCUUAUGCAUAAAGUCUGAUCAAAUGAAAAA